UGCGACCUCCUACCCAACAACCUCGGAAGCGAACCCAUAAAAUGAAUUCAGACUCCAGCCCGAGCAGCAGAGCCUCUUCCCCGGACAUGGACGGCAUGUUUCUCCGAGACCAUCAUCCACAACACCAUCACCUCCACCACCACGUCGGCUCCUCAGUGUCCUCUUCUACGCAGAGCGGUGAACAGCAGCGCCAGAAGAUAACCGGCGGCGAGCACCUGCGGUCUGGAGACGGAAAGUCAGCGUCCGUAGGAAGCAGCAGAGACAGCAACAAGUUCAAACUGAAGAAACAAAUCACGGAGGAGGAAAUGUACCACCUCCGUCUCAAGAUUAACGGCCGGGAGCGGAAGCGCAUGCACGACCUCAACCUGGCCAUGGACGGCCUGCGCGAGGUGAUGCCCUACGCGCACGGGCCCUCUGUGCGGAAGCUGUCCAAAAUCGCCACGCUGCUUCUCGCCAGGAACUACAUCCUGAUGCUCACCAGCUCCUUGGACGAGAUGAAGCGGCUGGUGGGGGAGAUUUACGGAGGGCAACACUCGGCUUUCCACUGCGGCACCGUGGCGCACGCAGCCGGGCCAGGGGGACACUCCGGGGGCCCCGCCGCGGCAGCCGCUGCCGCUGCCGCUGCCGCAGCCGCCGCACACCAGGUGCACCCUCUCCUCGGGAGCGCGCUGUCUUCCUCCACGACCUCCACUCUGUCGGGCGCGCUGCCAGGGCUCACGUCCAUCAGAGCACCCCACUCCCUGAUGAAGGGCUCCGCGGCUGCGCCCCCGGCCCUGCAGCUGGGCUCCGGCUUCCAGCACUGGGCCGGCCUGCCGUGUCCCUGCACCAUCUGCCAGGUGCCUCCUCCUCCACACAUCCCCAUCAGCUCCGCUGGCCUCACGAGACUCUCAGAGGGCAAGGACCUGAUGAAAUGAUGCCGUGUGUGCAGAGACUGAAAUAUGUAAUGAUGUUUGUAAAUAGAGAAAUCAGGGCAUGAGGGUGGAUUUGGCCUCACUGGUGCAUGUUGUUGUUUAGUCUGUUUUCUUGUUUGGCGUAUGAGAAAAAAAGUUAUUUUCCUCCUUGUAACAAGGACUUAUAAAGACUGAUGGUUUUGCCAGUUGAAGGUAAAAAGAAAAAGUUCUAUGUCAUGCAACAAGAUACCACGACCCUCUUGCGUGUGGCUGAGUUGUAGUCUCACACCACAAAGUGAAAGGUGGAGGAGAUUUGCACGAACAUUUUGAUUUAAUUUAAAAUUUGUUUUGUAUCAGGCGUCAUUUUGUGAAAACGAAGAAUGUUCUCUGUGCCUUGUACCAAGGAUUUUAAACUCGAGUUGUAAAUGAAAAUGAAAUGUGUUUGCCUGAAAUGAUUCUGCUACCGCGGAAGUGCUGUUUUGAAAUCUAAGUUUUCAGAUUUAUUAUGUCCAUUUGUGCUCCGAUUUCCAUUUUUAAUUUCUGUAUUUGUUUAUGCAUGAUGGAAUAAUUAUCACAGCAUGAUUUGUUUUUGCUGAACUGAAUUGUUAUGCCCAGAGACCCCGUGUCUUUAUUUUUGUACAUUGUUGAUGACUGAUGAAAUAUUUAUUAUCGCCCAGCGUCCCGGGAUGAAAUUUCAAUAAAACUGAA